AUAAAAUAAUAUAUUAAUGUUACGAUAAUAGUGGCGUUAUAUUGGACGAUCGCGAGAUCGUCUCAGUGCGAAUUCGUGAUCGAACAGCUAACAACAACGAUGUCGGUGUGUCGACUGUCUGUCGUCUUAUUCCUAUGUUGUGGACUGUCGGUUUUAUCCGUUUACGGUGGAGUACCGUUGGACGAUGUUGUAUUUCCCGAAGUACUGAGUUCAAGAUACCAACAUUCAUCAUGGGACUUUAGUAAUGAACGACCACCACCCAGAAGAACUAUAAGACAAGGUAAUCGUCGUCCAAGACCACCGAUGCCUAACGAAGGAGAUCCAUUUGCAGGGCUCGAACCCCAAGGUAAUAACCGACCGUCUGGUGGAAACCAAGGCCAAUGGUCCAAUCAAAGACCUAACCAACAACAGGGCUUUGGAAAUAGGCCAUCUGGUAAUCAAAACCAAUGGGGUACUAAUGGUAAUAAUCAGGGUCAAAAUCAAUGGGGUGUCAACGGUAAUAAUCAAGGACAAAACCAAUGGGGCGCCAAUGGCGUUAACCAGGGACAAAACCAAGGACAAAAUCAGGGACAAAACCAGGGACAAAACCCUGGUCAAAACCAGGGACAAAACCAAUGGGGUACCAACGGCAAUAACCAGGGACAAAACCAAUGGGGUACCAACGGCAAUAACCAGGGACAAAACCAAUGGGGUACCAACGGUGACAAUCAGGGACAAAACAAUCAAGGUAACAGACCACCUACCCAAACGACCGUAAAUCAAAAUCAAGUACAAACCAGCACGACUUCAUCGAACAGUGAAGAGGCAAAUGAAGCUCAACGAAACACAUGCAAUACGACCUGUAGAGAAAAGAUUACAAACGAAUACAAUCCCGUCUGUGGAAGUGAUUCACAGACUUACCAAAAUAGACGAUUUUUGGAUUGUGUCGCCAACUGUGGUAUACCCACUGAAUUCAGCUACAUUGGUACUUGUGUGACGACGACCCAACGCAUUACUCGAGCAUGAUGGAAUUUCAAAAUUUCGCUGCUACUUCUGAUAUACAUAGAUAAAUGAUUGACUUUUAUAUAAAUAUAUAUAUAUAUUCACCGUGAAUAACAUAGCUAAAAUUAUUGUAUAUAAAUAUUAUAUUGUAUUUUAAAAUAAUUUCUGUAUGGUUGAU